UUAUAUUAAAAGCGCAAGACGGCAAACGAAACCGACACGACAGCAUAGCUACCUGCUAUUUCCGGUAGCCGGUAUCCAAACAGUUUACGUUAUAACUCCAAAACCCCCCGUCAGUUUUUCCGUCGUCUUCUUCCUCUCUACACUUCACUCUUCUCUCUCUCACUUCUCUGCUCCGUUCUCCAUUUCCAAUUUUAGCCCUAGAGUUUCCUCUAUUUCCCUAUCCGUUCCCCAAGCUCGAAUCAUUUUCCAUUUAACAAUGUCGCCGACGACGACGACGACGGAGGUGAAAACGGCGGUGGAAAGGAGAGAAAUACUCGGCCCGGCGGGGAACCGGGUCCGGGAGGUGGAAGAGCAGAGAAAGAAGAAAGAUGGGUUGAUGAAACCCGAGAGAGCUAAGAAACUGGGCGCUGAAACUCCGAAACCCGGUCCGGUGCUCGGCCGGAGCACCGGUCCGGUGGAUAGGUCCGCCUCUUCUUGCGGCGGCUCCACAUUGAAGAAGUUGAAUUCGAAGGGAAGAGUUAACGGAAAUGUGAAUAAACCGGCGAAGGUUGUUCCCGACGGAGCUGUGGCGGCGGCUAUGUCGCCAAUGGCUCCGGUCCCACUCAAACGUUGUGAUUGGAUAACCCCAAACACAGAGCCACAUUAUGCUUGCUUCCAUGAUGAAGAAUGGGGAGUUCCAGUUCACGACGACGCGAAGCUAAUCGAACUUCUUGUUUUAUCACAAGCAUUGGCUGAACUUACCUGGCCAGUAAUCCUUGACAGGAGAGAAGCACUCAGGAGGCUGUUUAACAGCUUUGAUCCAUCCUAUGUAGCAAAUCUUGAUGAGAAGAAGCUGAUGAUAGGUAACGGGAACAGAUUGCUGUCUGAAGCAAAGCUUCGUGCCAUUGUAGAGAACGCUAAGCAGCUGCUGAAGAUUCAAUCAGAGUUUGGAUCUUUUAGCAACUACUGCUGGCGUUUUGUAAACCAUCAACCUCUACGAGGCAGGUUCCAGUACGCACGCCAGAUACCAGCUAAAACGCCAAAAUCUGAGUUCAUAAGCAAGGAUUUAAUGAGGAGAGGCUUCUGCUGCGUUGGGCCUACUGUGAUAUACUCGUUCAUGCAGGCAGCGGGGCUAGUUAACGAUCAUCUCGUUACAUGCUUCAGAUAUAAUGAAUGCAGCAGCAAUAGCGUCGUGAAAUCAAAACCGAUGCUCGAAAAGGCUGUCGCCCGAGGAGAAACUGAAGAAAAAACAGGCACGAACAGCAAAGCAGUCAUUGAACAUCUGAAGUAAGUGCUGAACUUAAAAUUGACAGUAUGAGUAAGUAGCAGAAACCAUCUAGUUUAGCAUUAACAGAAUUCAUUGAUUCAAUCCUCCAUCGCGAUAUAAGUUAACCGAGUGAAGUCUAGGAAUAGCAAGAAAACUACGGCUUGAUUGGAUUUCUCAUGUAUAAGCAGUGUAUGUUUGUUCAUGUCUGUCAGUAUUUUGAACACUUGUAUUAUAUGUAUGUAUGUUGAGCUCUUUCAUUAAACUUAUCAAAGAAUUUGUAUGUUUGUACUUCUA